AUGAAUCCAACCCAGGAUUUGGUCUAUCGCUCAAUCACUUCCCCGCGAAGGGAACAUAGACGCUCCCGCGAAACAUCGACAUACUCGUCUCCCGUCUCUACCUCAUCCCAAGGAGGGGUUUCUCCUAUUGGUCUGGGGAUAUCCCGCUGCGAAAUCGAGAAUGCAUUCGGUCAACUGAGGGUCUACCCUCCCACGCCUACACUUCCAUCACAACUGGUCCAUGGAGCGCCUACUCCCACCUUCGCAUUAUCCUAUGACGACUAUUCCAACGGAACAUGUUACCCACCAGUUUACAAUGGACUCAACAAUAGUGCUUCGGAGACUUCACUAGGGUUCUACAGCCCGACGACGAUGAGCGCCUCGCCCAGUUACAACUCUGCUAUGGAGAUUGUCCCUAGUCAGAAUGCCUUUCCAAGCCAAAUGACCGAUAUGUGGAUGAACACACCUUGCUCAGUACCAACAACCCCAUCAAAUGUUCCUCCGGGCACUGUAGCGAACGAACCCGCAGGACACUGGAACCAGAGUGUGUUUCCGGGGGGUUCUAUCCCCUCCACGAUGCCCCUAUUUCCAGCCAACAAUGUUUCCUACUUUGAGGCGAUGGGGGAGGAGAUUGAAUACGACAGAUCCCGACAGAGCAUCAACACUGGACAAGUCAUGACUCAACGGCAAGUAUACGCUGAAGGGACUGCCGAUGGUACCACCAUCUCGAGCAACAGAGACCGUGGCUCAUCACAUGACAGGCUAGUAUCUGCCAGUGGCCUGGAAUGCCCGAUUUGUGGUGCCAAAUUCACCCGACGCUCCAACUGUAAGGAGCACCAAAAGAUGCACAACCCUGAAUGGAAGAAUAACCAUCCAUGCAAUGAGUGCCACAAGACUUUUGGGCGAAGCUCAGAUCUCAAAAGACACAUGAGCACUGUGAGUAAGAAGAGCAGAACCAACCAAGAACAGACACUGAGACUCCUCUAG